GAAACAUGUAUGUAAACCAUCAUAGAACAUGUAACUGCUAAACAUAGGAUGCAAGACGUAAUGCUAAGUCUGCCAAUAAUUGCACGAUACGUUGAAAUCUAUUGUUUACCUUGGCUAUAAAAAGACGUUUCAGACCCAGUUUGUUGUCGACCCUGAUCUGAGUGGCUCAACUCCUGGGUCGGUCUGUUUGCAAACAAAUAAAUCUGAAAUUGGACCUAGCCUGUGUGUGACUCUCUCCUGGGGUGGAUUGGACAAGCCUCCAGGGGCACGAAACUAGCCAUUUGUGCAACAAUUUGGCGAGCCAGCCAGGAGAGGCUCUUGGCCUACCUUGGGGUCAACGACGGAAGCGGGAAAGGUGUUUGUGAAGCGCGCACCAGACUGAUUUUGGAGUCUGUCACGGUCACUGGGAACGUGAGUUGGGACACCCAGGAGGUUAAAAGGCUCUCCACUGAAUGAGUCACCCAGGCUGAGCAGGGUCCGAAGAGACGGCGCCAGGGUGUUGGCAGGAGCCUCACCUUCAAGCACACCACUGCUUUGAACCCAGCCACCCUGAUACCAGAACCGGGACCUCCGUGCUAUGAUUGCUUAGAGGUAUUGACUCAGACAGUACUAAUUCGUCCUGACUUGACAGACGACCCACUCGAGGACCCAGAGGAGGAGUUCUUCGUAGAUGGUUCAAGUAGUGUAAUACAUGGUGUGCGGCAUACAGGGUGUGCUGUGGUAACCUUAACUGAGAUUGUAUGAAAAGAAAAACUCCCUGCAAACUGGUCAGCACAGGCAGCAGAGCUCACUGCCCUGACACGUGCAUUGGUAUUAGGAAAAGACAAAAGAGUGAACAUUUUUACAGAUUCGCGCUAUGCCUUUGCCACUGUACAUGCCCAUGGGUUGUUGUAGAAAGAACGUGGGUUCAUCACGGCCUCUGGACAAAAGAUUGCAAAUGGGCCACAGAUUGUAAUGCUAUUGGAAGCCCUCCGGCUACCGAAAGAGGUGGCCGUGGUGCAUGUUAAAGCCCAUGGCAAGGCUGCAGAUGAGUGCCAGAGAAGGGGAAAUGCGAAGGCUGACGUAGCAGCCAAAGAGGCAGCACAGAUGGGAGGAGAGGCAGUGUUUCAGGGCUCGGCCCAUGAGGUGCCCUUCUACUUAGAAGAUUGUAAAGCAAAGUAUGGCCCAGGAUCAGAUAAGCUAGCCGCAGAGCUCAAGGCUAUUAAGAACCCUCAGGGAUGGUGGAUUGUACCCGGAGGGAAAGUAUUAAUACCUCGAUGCUUACUGGGAGAGAUACCCCACCGGUUACAUUAUACCACUCACAUGGGAGGCAAUGCGACGGGAAACUUGUUAACUCAUCAAAUGGUGGCUCCAGGACUUUAUUUGGAAGCCCAGAGAGUGGUCUCUCAGUGCCCAACCUGUCAAAAGGUAAACCCAAAAUCUACAAGACCACCAGCCCCUAUGGGAGGAAGACCGUGGGCCCAUUAUCCCGGACAAGCUUGGCAGAUUGACUUCGCUGAACUUCCAAAGUCUGGUCGGUACCGUUAUCUGCUAGUAUUGGUUGAUCAACUAACUGGGUGGGUGGAAGCGUACCCCACAAGAACGGCUACCGCAUCCACAGUAACACGAGUACUACUCCACGAGAUAAUACCCCGAUUUCUGUUGCCUGAAUCCGUUGAGUCAGAUCAAGGAAGUCAUUUUGUGGGGAAAAUAGUACAGGAAGUGUCCAAAGCUUUAGAUAUCACAUGGAAACUCCAUGCUCCAUGGAGACCCCAGAGUUCAGGUCAGGUGGAGCGCAUGAAUAGAACACUGAAGGCUAUGCUAAUGAAAAUCUGUAUUGAGACUCAUUUGAAAUGGCCGCAGGCACUCCCACUGGCUUUAACUCGUAUUCGUAGCACACCACGUAGAGGGAUUAAAUUGUCACCUUUUGAAUUAAUGUUUGGUAUGCCUCCCAGAGUCUUGCCAGCGGGGUGGAGGGAACAGGUUACUGUGGAUUUGGGGAAAUCCGAAAUUUGGGAACAUGUUAUCGCCUUGCAGUCUGUUUUGUCUUCCCUACACAGGUUUGCUGCACCCUUCCAGAGCCUCCCGCUUGAUGCGCCGAUCCACAACUUUAAACCGGGUGACCAGGUCCUGGUACAAAAGUGGAGAAAGAAUCCUCUUGCGGAAAGGUGGGAGGGACCCUACCAGGUGCUGCUGACUACACACACAGCUGUUCGCUUAUCAAACAGCGAUAAGUGGACCCAUUGCUCGAGAGUGAAGCCCUUUCAUCCGGAGGACACCAACUCCAAGGUUGUGGUCACUCCGGAAGCUGAUAACACCCGGGAACAAGAAGCAACAAAUGGAAAAGUGAACCUGCUGGAGAUUUAAAGUUACGCUUGCAAAGAUGUGGGCCCUUGUCUAUUUGUUGAAGUUCUUGUCCCUUUUAGGUAUAACAAACCCAGCUAUUAUGCCCACCUGUUGUAAGUGUCCCCAAAACGGGGGUGGAACCCUCACUGAGGCUAACUACAAACUUUCAAAGUCUACAAUACUUAGAGCCCUCCUGCACCCCAUUUCCCGGUGCUGCCCGCGUCGAGAAAUUAUAAUUCAAUCCGGCGAUACAACACCGCUGUGUGUAAAGCCAGACCCAGAAAUCUGGUCUGCAAUUCUCAAAGAUUGGCCUUCAAGCCUUCAACCUGUCAAUAAUAUAUGGGAACCUAAAGGCACACCUACAAAUACAUGGGUGGGAAAUUCAUGGGUGGCCCUUCUUAAAGACUCAGCUCAGGCUCUAACUAACGAAAGUUGUCUUUUGUGUGCGCUUACUCCUGUUUCUAGUGAUGAGGGAGACCCUUUCUUGCCUAUUCCCCUCAAUAGAACUGGUAUAGUCUCAGACUGGGGUUUUAACCGGAAUUUCUCUUUGCGAUAUAAUGGUUCUGGGAGAAUUAUGGUGGCAAAAGUUACUGGAUCUAUUUGCAUUUCCCAACACGGAAGUGGAUUUAAAGUGGGACAGUCAAGGUGCAAGGAAACAUGGAUUUCUAAGGAAAUCGCCCCCUGGGAGGGUGCAUGGACAUGCGCAAAUGUCUCAUAUAACAAUUUCGAAAAUUGUAGCUGCCUAUUGAGUAAGGAGUGGAUUUCAGUUUGGGGCAUUAAUUGUACCCACUAUCGAAAUGGUACCAAGGUGAAUGGGAGUACAACAAAAAGAAGCUCACUAACUCUAACUUUAAUGAGGUCUCGUUCCACCAUCACAAAUGAAGCCUGUGGGCUAUGGUGGAUUUGUGGGCGAUGGGCAUAUAGGCAGCUUCCCGCCAAUUGGGCUGGGACUUGUUAUUUGGGGGCUUUAAUUCCGGGUGUUUGGCUAACACAACCCAAAACUCAUCGAGCCAAACGAAAUACUGAUGUUUCUUUUGAGGGCAUUGCAGCAGGGGGAGGCCAAAAGUGAAAAAAAUGAUGAGUGGCCAGCAAAGAAAAUCAUUCAGUACUAUGCUCCAGCAACUUGGGAGCCAAACGUGGUUGGGAGAGAGACCACAUAUUUGACAAAUCAAAUUAUUAAACUCCAGGCCAUAGUAGAAAUUGUUACCAAUAAAACUGCCGCAGCCCUGCGUCUGAUUGGCAACCAGCUCACUCAACUACGUACUACGGUACUGCAAAACCGCUUAGCUCUUGACUACUUACUUGCAAGUGAGGGAGGGGUGUGCAGGAAGUUGAAUUUAUCAAAUUGUUGUGUUGAAAUUGAUGAUAAUGGUGAAUUGAUAAAGGCCUUAGCGGAUGAAAUUGAGGAGGUAGCACAUGUCCCAGUCCAAACAUGGAAGGGGUGGAAUUUUGAUUGGUUUACAUCCUGGCUCCCUAAUUUUGGAUGGUUAAGGGGAGCAUUCUUAAUCUUUUGUAUGCUAAUGUUGAUACUUUGUUUGACUCCCUGUAUUAUACCCUGCAUCAUGGCUCUCGUGAGACGAACAGUACAGUCGGUCGUCAACCGAGAGAUGUUUGUGCAUUAUCAAAAGUUAGCCAUAGCUGAAAAUUAUUAAAAUUACAGUUAGAGAGCAACUUGAGGGGGGAUAAUUGUGGUAAAAAUAUAGCAUAAUCUAUAUUUUCCUGCUUCUAUAAUUGCUUCUGCAUAUUUUCAUAAUUGCUUUUGCUAAGGCAUAUAUGCUAAUGAUAGAUUUACGAGCAUGCACAAAAACUUCUGCAGACAGAGCCAGGAACAGAUGCAAUAAAUAACUCCUUACGAGAGAUAAGAGAAGAGGGGCUGGGAAGAUGCUGAGGUGGAGAGACCAGACCCUAACCGAAGGAUAACCGCGAGGGGCUUAAGAACUGCCCCUAGGAGGGGAUAUAAGAUGUAAAUGAAACAUGUAUGUAAACCAUCAUAGAACAUGUAACUGCUAAACAUAGGAUGCAAGACGUAAUGCUAAGUCUCCCAAUAAUUGCAUGAUACGUUGAAAUCUAUUGUUUACCUUGGCUAUAAAAAGACGUUUCAGACCCAGUUUGUUGUCGACCCUUAUCUCAGUGGCUCAACUCCUGGUUCGGUCUGUUGGCAAACAAAUAAAUCUGAAAUUGGACCUAC